AUGUGUUCUACGUUGCUCGCAUUGUACUCGAUGUCGCUGACUAACGCGGUCGCGAACGCCGCUGCCGCCGCCACUUCGGGUGCAGGCAAGAAGGCGGCACAGGUCCAGCUGCAGACCGAGCUCAACAACGACGAGGAUUGGAAGAAGUUUUUGCAGAGAGAUGGGCUACUUGUGGUAGACGUGUACUCGGAAUGGUGCGGCCCGUGCACAGGUAUGGUAGGCAACCUGAAGAAGAUCAAGGUGGAGAUUGGCGGUGAUAAUUUGCACCUCGCGGUGGCUGGACAGCUAGUAAAUGUUGUUUUCGGAGCUGACGCUCCUCGACUCGCUCGCACCAUAGAGCAGGAGCUACGCAACGAAGAGCUGGCGCGGAAGGGCGAGAGGGAGCGACCGAAGAGAGCACCGCAUGAACUCACACCACCAGAACAAGAAAUAGCGGAUUUGCAAGCGAAGCUAGUAGCGGAGCGCAAAGCUCGCGAAGCGGCAGCACGAGAGGCAUCGCGUGAGGCGCGCAGGGAGGCGCGAGCAGUCAAGCUUGAAGCGCACUUCAGCGAAGUGUGCGCAGCCCUCAUGCUACCACACGCACAGAAGCACCUACGUAAAGUGGCUGAUGCAUUGGAACCGUACGGUGUAAUAGUAGCAGACAAAUGUCCAAUAGUGCUGGGUAAGUUAGGCGCCAGGCUGCUGGCGGUGGAAGACGAGGAGAUGAGCGGUGAAGAAACUGCUGCAGUAUUAGCUGAGCGGCCGUCACUAGCCUUACUUCUUAAGAAGCUGCCGGAAAAGGAAGGUGAUGUUAUAGAGCUAUCCCGUCGUGCCCUGUUUGGGGAUGGUGGGAAACAGCAAGAAGGUGAACCGUCGAAGAAGACCCUAUCCCUGGAGCUGAAAGCCAACAACGUGCCCGGACUGUACGUUCCCAAAAAUCGCCAUCAGCGGGCCGCUGUGUUGGAUCUGCUAUUUCCUAAGAUGGUGGGCGCGCUUGUGGAACCCCCUACCCCAGCGGAGCCGCCACACGUAGCGCUAGUGUUCGGCGCGUGGCAACGCCAUGCUGUGUUGGCUGCAGCCACCACUGCCACGGUCACCGCGUCUGCCAAUGACACCACGCACAACCCUGUGCUCUUACGAUAUGGGUUCUUCGCCGACGCGAACGUGGAAACGCCCAAGCUGCUCUGUAAGACUAUCGAACGGUACGAGGAGAGAUUGGAGAAGGACUAUUGUGAAACCAUAGUCCUAAUGGUGGCUGUUGGCGUGGCCGAGCCAUCGCUUGUGGAACCUAACAUCCCGAUACCAGACGGACCUCCGGAACAACUCUUGGCCCUAGGUCCUCUGCACAUUAGCGAGGACACCGUCGUCGGCGAAUUGGAGUGCGGUAGAUUCUUUCCACCAGGUUAUAGUGAACCAGAAGCUAAGCCUAAGGCUAAAUCCAAGAAAAAGAAGAAGAAGCGUCAAGAGUCAAAAGACGAUGCUUUGAAUGACGUAAACAAAGAGGUGGCGUCAGAGGCAGCUGGAGAGGGAGAACCGAACGGGAAAGUGGACGGCGGUGGAGAGGCUGGGGAGGCCGAAGGAGACGUGGAGGGGGAGGGGGACGCCGAGCCUGAGGAUGGUGACGGAGACGAAGCAGAAGCAGAGGACGAGGAUGAAACCCAGGUCGUGGAUAAAGCUACGUCGCCACCACCAGUUGUCGUCUAA